AAUAGCCUCCAAGGCCAAUCAAUUCCCCUGUUUCUAUUCCCUCAGCUGCCGAGUUUCGCGCUAACAAACUUUCCAGUACUGGACUGUAGAUCGUAUCCACCUUGUGCCAAGAAAGGAAGCCAAGACAUGGUGAUGGCUUCAACACAAAUUCCCAUCGUCACUACACGUACACCCGCAAAGAUCAUCCGUUCCACCCACACUCUGAUGUUAUAUCCACCAAUCCCCGGGUGCGACUCAACGGCCAGGCCCACUCAGCUGAAUGAUAAUGCACGCCAUCGUCAAACAGUUGCUUUCAGAGUCUGGCUCAUAAAAAGAGGUUGCCAACAACACCAUGGUCCAGCGAUUGUUUGGCUUGUCUGACCUCAACAUCAUGGAUUGGGCUCUCCGUUACUGGGCCCCAUUGGGCAUCCCAAGUCGCGAUAUAUACCAUGGCCAGUUUCACGUACAGAGUCCGGACGCUGACUGGGUCCUCGAGGCCUCGCGCAUCGCCAAGUCGGGCGUCAUCCAGACUUGUUUUGCUGCCUUCGUCCUUCUAUGGACAGCAAUAGAGACCACCUGCCGCUACAGUUCCUUGGUCAACAUCCCAGAAACCACAAAGGCAGUCCGAUUCAGUCUGCCUUAUGAGAUUUUUUCUCAACUCUCACGCGGCGCUGCCUUCACCUUCACCCUUAUUAGCGGGUACCGCUACCAUCAGUACUGGUACGAUGCUCUUCCUGUCGGCCUGGCUUUUCUUCUAGGUCUUGCCCGUUUGCUAGCCACGCCAAAAUGGCAGCGCGUGAGCUUGCAUCAAAUCAACUUCCUCCUCUUCACCUCGCUAGUUACCUUGACCACAGCCCAUCUCCUCCCCUCUCUCAGGAUGAGGUCGGACGAGGAGGUUGAAAACGCGGGGAUUGGGGCUAUCGGAAGUCUAGCAUUCGCAUCGCUCAUUGCGCUCGUGACUCCAAGAGAGUGGGGACCUCCGCCUGCCACCGAAAAUAUGGCCGUGUACAAACACAUCUCCGAGGCACAGCCUACUCCCGAAGAAACAAGCAGUUGGUUCGUCCGCUACUUCAGCUUUGGCUGGCUGACUCCGCUGAUCUGGAAAGGUUGGCGCACCCAAGUCGACAUGGAUGACAUUCCAGGACUUCCUUGGUAUGAUGAGCCCUCACUCCUACUUGACAGGAUUCUCAAGGUCCGUGAGAGAUACAAAACGACCUUGUGGACAGUCCUCUCCUUCCAGCGCAGCGAAAUCGUUGCCAUGUCUUUUUGGAUCGCUUCCUCAUUCGCCGUCGAACUUGUCGCCCCUUUUGCCAUGUACCAGAUCCUAACCUAUAUAUCAUCCCCCAAUGAUGCUGUGCUACAUCCCGUCAUUUGGCUUGCACUGCUCUUCAUGGGUCUUAUGGGAAAGUCAAUCACCACGCAUCAGUACGUCUUUACGUCAACCAGACUCGUCGUCCGCCUCAAGUCGGCCAUGACCCAAGAGCUUUACCACAGGGCCUUGUCGAGUAUGGAACUCGAAGACGAUGUUAUCAAUGACAUCGCCACAAGGGGUGCCAAAGAGCAAAGAACGCAAAGCACGUCGGCAGGAAGAUUGGCCAAUCUGAUGGCAAGUGACGUUGAUGCCGUGUUUAAGGCUCGAGAUGCCGUCACGGGCUUUGUCGGGGUGCCCGUAGGCAUUGUCAUCAGCAUCAUCGGCCUUUAUAAGAUGGUCGGGUGGACGAGUUUGGUCGGUCUCGCCUUCUUGGUGCUCUCCAUGUCCUUCCCAGUCUGGAUUGCCCGCAUGAUGGGCAAGACGCAACGCAAGGUCAAGCUGGCGCAGGACUCACGCAUAUCUCUCAUCUCCGAGUACCUCGAAGCCAUCAAAGCUAUCAAGUACUUCUCGUGGGAGGAUGCCAUCAUUAAACGCAUUCAGGAAGCGCGAGAGAAUGAGCAAAAGGAACUUUGGCACAUUUGCCUAUGGCACGCUCUUCUCGGACAGUGUGUCGAGCUUAUCCCCGUCAUCACCCUACUGCUCAUCUUCAGCCUGUACAUCGGGGUGAUCAAGCAGCCUCUCACUGCUCCUAUCGCCUUCACCACUUUGUCCGUGGUUACGAUCCUGCGGCGGAAUCUGGAAUUUGUAUCCUCGAUAUCACGAAACCUUACUGACGCACAUGUCUCGAUUGAGCGUUUGGACAAAUUUUACUCAAAUACAGCACCGCUAACCCAGUACCCAGAAGGUCCCUUGCAGAUCGAGAAAGCGACUUUCCGGCGGAGCAAGAGGGCACCUUUUCUGCUAAAAGAUAUCUCCAUCGACUUUGUAGAGGGCGGCCUCAACAUAAUUAAUGGUCAGAGCGGGAGUGGGAAGACGAGCCUUUUGUUGUCUAUCUUGGGAGAGACCACCCUUGCAGAGGGAACGGUGACCAGGCCCGGCGACGUCGCUUUUGCCUCCCAGACACCGUGGCUUCAGAGCGAGACAAUACGCGACAACAUCCUAUUCCACGCUCCUUUUGAACAGGUCAGGUAUGACAGGGUUAUUGAGGCAUGCUGCUUGGGCUUGGACUUUGAAGAGCUUCCCAAAGGAGACUUGACUGAGGUUGGAGAAAAUGGCACCUCACUUUCCGGGGGACAAAAGUCAAGAGUGGCAGUUGCCCGAGCUCUCUAUUCCAAGGCCCCCUUACUGCUGCUGGACGACAUCUUCUCUGCCCUUGACGCCAAAACGGCUGCGUCUCUGUGGAAGCAUUCCUUCUGCAGUGAUAUGCUCAAGGGCAGGACCGUCGUUCUGGUAACUCAAAUGCCUUGGGUAGCUUCCCAAGCCGAUCUCGCAAUCACAAUGGAAGCCGGAACGGUCAAGAACAUUGAAAGGAACAUUGGUGUUGUCCGCACACCUGUGGAACUGGAAUACGGAACCACCAACAAUGAGGAGUCCCAAGAGAGUACAACCACCUUAAAGGGCGAAAACCGGGCGGGCUCUCCCAAGAUCAAAGACGAAAUAUCCAAUGAGAUGAGUGCCAGCGGAACAUCAGGACGCUUUACUUUCCUCAGGUACAUGCUGCACUGGGGUGGCCCUGGGUACGUUAUUCUAGCUCUCGCCAGUAAUGUCAUUGCCAAUGCUGUCCUUCUUGGAACGACCUGGUGGCUCUCAGUUUGGGUCAAUGCCUACAACAAGAAAGAGGCUGUUAAUGUUGCCUUUUAUAUCACCAUUUACGCUGCGUUCAACGUCGGCCAGGCCUUCCUAAGCGGAAUCAGCUGGUUGAUCUUCAACCGAGGUGCAUGGCUGGCCGCACGCAAGUUACACAGGGGACUCAUAGAGGGAGUGUUGAAUGUCUCGCUGGGCUGGUGGAAGAACAUACCAGUGGGACGGGUUGUUAAUCGGUUCAGCCGAGAUGUUGGGUCAUUGGACAGUCAACUAAGCACAGUCGUCCGAUAUUUCAUCGACGCUGGCAUGGCCAUUUUCUUUCGUGUCGGAGCCGUCAGCUCCAUCAUGCCUAUCUUCAUGCUCCCUGCCCUGUGCACGGUCGGAAUAGGUAUCCUCUGCGGCGAGAUGUACAUCCGAACAGCUGUCGUCCUCAAGCGGUUGGUCUCAUCCAGCCAGAGCCCCGUCUUCUCCCAGUUUAGUGGCAGCUUGUCUGGUCUAGCGGUUAUCCGUGCCAGACAGAACAUGCCCGAGACGUUCCGUGAUCAGUUGGCGGACCGGUUAAGGUCUUUCUCGCGGUCCCAGGAAACUUCGUUUAACCUGAAUCGGUGGGUCGGUGUUCGGGUCGACUUUGUCGCGGCGCUGGUCACUGUCUCUGCUGGUGCGAUUGCACUGUGGAAGGUCGGUGUUGUGGAGGCUGGAUUGGUGGGCUUUUCGCUGAGCAAUGCGACGGGCCUGAAUACGCAGAUUCUGGUUUUGGUGCGGUUUAUGAAUGAUUUGGAGGUCGAGCUGCAGAGUUUCCAUCGCGUUGAGGAGUACGUCAAGCUUCCUGCCGAAGACGAGAAAGGCGGCUUGCGUCAACCCGACACCGAUAGCGAAAGCCAUGAAGACUCUUCUUUGCUUGAAGUUCCUGAGGAUUGGCCAAGGGCAGGCGCGAUUGAGUUCCGCAACGUUACGGUCAGAUACGACCCUGACGGCCCUGACAUCCUGAAGGACAUCAGUCUUAAAUUCAAGGCUGGUCAACGGGUUGCCGUUGUGGGACGUACAGGCUCAGGAAAGAGCACACUCGUCCUCUCCCUCCUCCGCUUUACCCACAUCGUCUGCGGGCAAAUCCUUUACGACGGCGUCGACAUUACGAGAAUCUCACUCAAGAGACUUCGGCAGGCACUGACCAUCAUCCCCCAAGAAGCCACACUAUUCAACGGCACCGUCAGAACGAACCUCGACCCAUCCGGCACCGUGCCCGUUCAAACAUUAGAGAGCGCCCUGAGGUCCUGCACCGGCAUUGCGUCCUUUGAUUUCCGCGAGAGCAGCAGUGAUAACAGUAUCAACGGGACCGAGACGAUUGACGGCAACGACCCGAUGGUACCAACCGAACGAACCCCCCUUCUCUCUUCCUCCCCUUCCUCCUCCUCACCCACCCCCGGCUCCCUCUCCCUCGACACCCGCGUCCUAGCCAAAGGCGAGAACUUCUCCCACGGCCAGCGCCAAGUCCUCUCCCUAUGCCGGGCCCUAGUCCGCAAGUCCAAGCUGAUGCUCCUAGACGAGGCAACGGCGAGCAUGGAUUACGAGACGGAUAGGGGGGUCCAAGUGGCACUGCGACAGGAACUCGACGCCGGGGAUGAGAAGACAAGGACGCUGGUGACGAUUGCACAUCGGUUGAGGACGAUUAUUGAUUAUGACAUGGUUGUGGUGAUGGGCGGAGGGAGGGUGGUGGAGGUGGGUUCGCCGGGGGAGUUGUAUAAGGAUAAGGGGGUGUUUUGGGAGAUGGUUAGGUUUAGUGGGGAGGGAGAGGAUUUGGAGGGGGUGUUGGAGGAGAUGGGGGUAUGAGGGGGCUUUUUACUCUACCCGUUGGGGAGGUGGUCAGUGCCUGUCUGUUUCCCCAACUCUGUUACCGAUAUUUUACUUUAUUAUAUCGUGUUGCGGAGGGUAGAUGCGAGGGUUCGAAGUUUUGAAGUUGACCGACGAACAUUGUUAUUG